AUGUCCAAGGAUGAGCACAGUGAGUCUGGCGAAAGCUCAGAACUUGCAAGGAGCGAGGAGGUGCAUGUCCUCCCAAAGAACAACCUCUGGCUAUGUCUACCGGCUCUUCUCCUCGUGACCUUCCUUGGCAGCUUAGACAGCACAAUAGUCUCCGUCUCUCUAAAUACCAUCUCCAAAGACCUCAACUCGAGCAGCCAGAGCGCUUAUUCGUGGGUUGGCACCAUCUAUCUGCUGACCUGCACGGUCGUGGGGCCUGUAACUGGCAAAAUGACGGAUAUAAUGGGCAUGAAGCCAAUGCUAUACUCUGGGAUCGCACUGUUUGUUUUGAGCUCGGGACUAUGUGGGGCUUCUAAUAGAGGUCUCGUGAAUUCGCUAGUAGGGCUGGUGCACUCUCUAAGCAAUGCCAUCGGUCCACUGAUUGGAGGAGCAAUAGCAGAGCACACGUCGUGGUCUUGGUGCUUUUGGAUCAAUCUGCCCACAUCGGCGAUUGCUUUCACAAUGUUAUUCUUCUUUCUCAACGUUAGCCAGCCUCCACACGCCUCAUUUAAGGAGAAGUUCAACUCGUUUGACUACCUUGGUUUGAUCUUGAUUGCGUGUAUGACGCUGAAGCAGACCAACACAUCUACGUCUUCCUUCACAUUCGUGCGUGAUCUUGCGGGCACAAUGGGUAUCUCGCUAGGUGGAGUGAUUAUGCACACUGAAGCGGUAAAGAGACUGUCGAAAAUUGACGGUGGGCAGCGUUUUGCUGACAUGUCAGAAAUUGCAUCUUUGAAAGAGGCAGAUAUUUCGGAAAAUCUUCGAAUGUCAGUGCAGCAGGCGUAUUCAAAAGCUAUCUCGACGAACUACAUAUUCACAUCAUGCGUUAUAGCUGUAGGUUUCCUUGCGUCCCUCUCCAUCAAGAAGUAUACCCUGGAUGUGAAAAAUAUCAAGGAAGGUGAAGAGGAGGAGGAUGGCGAGGAGAAGGGUGAUGGGAAUAAGAAGGGCUUUAGAAAAGAGGAAGAUGAGGGCAAAGGAGAAAUUCAUCUCCCAGCAACGACAGCAUCGAGUGACACUACGUUGGUUAAAACUAAAGACAUGGAGAAUCAGAAACCAAAGCAGCAUUUGUAA